ACCAUUAUUUUAUUAUUCCCUUCAUCAAAUUUAGUGGUGACCAAAACUCUUCCACUGUUUGUCUCUAUUAUAUCAUUUCGUGCGCACCUCUUCCUCUCCAAACAAUUUCUCCCACUCUCUCUCUGUCUCUCUCUCUCUCAUGGCUGAAGAAAAACAAACAGAAGCGAAGUGGCAAAGGAAGGCCACAGUGAAGCUCAACGGCCUAACACCCGACCAAGUAUGGCCUCUCGUAUCCGACUUCUGUGCCUUGGACAAAUGGGUUGCCAGCCUCGACACGUGCCGCCACGUGGACGGCGUGCCUGGACAGCUGGGCCUGGUCCGCUACUGCGCUUCCACCGCGCAGCCAACCUCCAACGGCGGCGAUGGGCCCACGAUCAUCUGGGCUAAGGAGAAGCUGGUGGCGAUUGACCCCAUCGGACGGUCUCUGAGCUACGAGGUCAUUGACAAUAACAUGGGCAUCAAGUCAUACGUGGGCACCAUGAAGGUAUUGGCAACGGACGGUUCAGAUGCCGGGGGAGGGUGCCAGAUUGAGUGGUCCUUCGUGGCGGAUCCGAUCCAAGGGUGGAGUUUGGAGGAUUUCGCUGCUUACAUUAACUCUGCUCUCCAAUCCAUGGGAAAGAGGAUGGAAGAAGCUCUCCGGUCUUAAUCUACUCACCACGAUUGUCGAUUAGGGUAAUAUUAUUAUAUGUUAUGUAUUAUGCUAAUGUAUUUGGAGUCGGUUUCUUUUAUUUUUUUUUGCUUUUUUUUUUUUAGGUGUGGUGAAUUAUGCAUUUGAACUUUUAAUAAAGUACUAUAUAUUUAUAUA